GAGAGUCGGAGAGAGAUGGCGCCAGUAACAUUCCUACCGACGGCUGUGACGGAGGAGAAGACGCUUAUAGAGAGCUUUGUACGGGAUGAGGACGAGCGGCCGAAGGUGCCCUACAACAAGUUCAGCCAUGAGAUUCCGGUGAUCACGCUACAGGGGAUCGAUGCAGAGGGGGGAGAUGGAGGUCGGAGGUCGGAUAUUCUCCGUCAAAUUGUGGCGGCGUGUGAGGACUGGGGCAUCUUUCAGAUCGUCGAUCACGACGUGGACGCCGGGCUCAUGGCUGACAUGACCCGCCUAGCCCAUGAGUUCUUCGCGCUGCCGCCGGAUGAGAAGCUCCGUUUCGAUAUGUCCGGCGGGAAGAAGGGCGGCUUCAUCGUUUCCAGCCAUCUCUAGGGUGAAGUAGUCCAAGAUUGGAGGGAGAUCGUCACCUACUUCUCCUACCCAAUCCACGCCCGCGACUACACGCGCUGGCCGGACAAGCCCGAGGGGUGGCGAGCUGUCGUUGAAGAGUACAGCGCCAAGCUAAUGGAGCUGGCCGGCAAUCUCCUCAGCGUGCUCUCAGAGGCCAUGGGCCUUGACCGUGAAGCGCUCACCCAAGCCUGCAUCGAAAUGGACCAGAAAUUGGUCGUUAAUUUCUACCCAAAGUGCCCGCAACCUGAUCUCACGCUAGGCCUCAAGCGCCACACCGACCCCGGCACCAUCACCCUCCUGCUUCAAGACCAAGUCGGCGGUCUCCAGGCCACUAAGGACGGCGGCGCAACCUGGAUCACCGUUCAGCCAGUGCAAAAUGCCUUCGUUGUUAACCUCGGCGACCACGGUCAUUACUUGAGCAACGGUCGCUUCAAGAACGUGGACCACCAGGCGGUGGUGAACUCAAACUGCAGCCGGCUUUCGAUCGCGACGUUUCAGAACCCAGCGCCGGACGCCGUAGUUUAUCCUCUCGCGGUGAGGGAAGGGGAGAGGCCGGUGAUGGAGGAGGCCAUCACAUUUGCGGAGAUGUAUAGGAGGAAGAUGAGCCGAGGCCUGGAGCUCGACAGGUUGAAGAAGUUGGCCAAGAUGGAAAACAAGCAGGAGGGAGCAGCAGGACAAAAUGCUUAGACCAUUGGCGCGGCUGCAACGAAGCCGAAGGGCUUAAAUGAAAUUCUAGCUUAAAUUAAUACCAUUUGCCUUAGGAUUCAAGUGCUUUCACCCAUAGAUAUGUAAGCGUCAUGCACGAAUCUCAAAGACAUUGCUAGUUGCUAUCCAUCGAAGUCGAAUGAAUGCUCUAUAUUUAUUUA